AUGGCUCUCGCGUGCAGAAAAGCAAGCGGAGCCAGGCAACAAUGUGUUGUCUUGGGCAUCGCUGGCCUGUUCCUCACGCUUUUUACCAACGCCGGUGCCGCGACCGUCGGUUCGCAAACUGCUGAUUCAGCCGACCCCACAGUGCGAACGUGCAACGAAGGAGAGGAGACGGUCAUCAAUUUGUCACUCCAUGAAAACACAGCUCGCUUCAAGUGCGGCUCAACAGUUGAGGAUCUUUCCCCGUCAUUGCGCGAACCACUCGAAGGCCUGGACGCCUUCGUUGAUGACGCGGGUACCACACAAGCUCAGUUCCCCUUUCCAGACGUUGCCAUCGCCGAGCAGACGAAAGUCUACACAGUUUCCGCCAGGGCCUUUCCUGCUGUCGGCGGCACGUGGUAUCUGUUUUGUGUGGCAAAAGGCACCGUCGGCGCUGCAGCCAACGCGACGAAAAAGUGCCGCGUACAGCUCGUCAUCCAGGGAACAUCUGUAAUCCGUCAACAGUGCACCACCGUAGGAGGUUCAGUUGAUCUUCGAAUUCUCGGCUCCGGCUAUGCGGUGACAUUCGGAUGCGGCCUAAAUUUCCCUCAGCUCGACCCUCCAUUGAGCGGAAAGGAGGUCUAUGUCGGCCGGGACUGCUCGGAAAAGCAGCCGCUGACCGCCGUGGUACCGAGUGCAGAGUUCGACGCGGCGCCUACUGGUCAAUUGUUUACUUUGCUGGUUAACAAACUCCCUCCUUCGGAGCGGGUGCUGUGCUAUAAGUGCGUGAACGACUCGACUGAUCCAUGCACAGCUGUUAUCACAAUCCCGUCGCCUUCCGAAGCGGUCACCACUCCUGUCGCAACGAGCGACGCCAUUGUCUCGGUUUCGUCGGACAACCCUGGCGGGAAAGCGUGGAGCACACGGAGAGGGGGUCCGGCGAAGCGCUCUGGGCCGGCCUACGUGCCUCUCCCCUCCGAUGAAGAGCUUCGACACGCCUUCCUAACACAGCUUCUCCACGAACCCCAGAACGACGCCUGGCGGUGCUGUACGUGUUGCUCGACAGCGAGUGAGGGCGAGCCGCCCUCGUCGCAUUUCCCGUCCUCUCCAACGCUCUCGAACGCCGCGCACACGUUCCCAGGUCGUCCGGAGACUCCUGCGUUCCCUGUGGACGGCGACAGUCGAACUGUCGGCGCCUGUGCGCUUCACCCAGAGGAGGGGAGCGGAGACGGCGUUUUCGAAAGCAGCCCGUCGUUCUACUACGACUUGUACCAGGAGAGACACUUCGAGGAGCUCACCUGGCCAUGCGGCCCUACCGCUAUGCUGGUUCUGCCUGCCAAGUCCUCUUCCGCGUGUCCUUUUCUGGACGGCGGGCGCGCUCCCUCUCAUCGACUUUCUAGCAAGACCAGUUUCCGUUUUCCUUCGCGGCCGGACGCGCCCUGUCGGCUCCGUCAAAGCCACGAAUUUUCAGGUGCAGAGCGCGGCGAGGGGGGACUCUAUGGCGCACCUCCGGCUGUCGACAGGCGCGACGGCCCUCUGAGAAAAUGUCCUUUCUCUUCUUUGGGCGAUGCUCCGCGAGGCGUCUGUUCGCUCGCUUAUCCAUCGCCCCACUGUCGAGACUUGGCUUUGUCCUCCUGUCCGUCUCCCGGCUCCUGCCCGGCACCGCCUCCACCCAAGGCGGAUCCGUGCCUUCCUGUGAACAGUGCCUUCUUCUCGAUUCUCUGGCCCGUCGUCUUUGUUCGCAAGGAGAUUCCUGCAUUCACGACGGAGACAGAUGCGUCCUCCCUCUCUGGAUCCGGCAAACAAGGCGGCGCCGAGAUCGCUGCGGCGUUCGCCGCCCAUGCAGGUCGCCACACUUCCGCCUUCACUGGAGGGACGCCCGUCCCGGCGGCCCUGCUGCGCCCAACUAGCGGUCGUGGACCCGAGCUGACCACGCCGGGCUCGAGCGGCAAGGCUAGAAAGGCCGAGGACCCAGAAGACACCUCUUCGGCCGGAUUCAUGGGCGGAACGCGAAAGGGACUGGGGGGCCGAGUGAUUGUCGCUCUGGCGGCGCUGGCGAUCGACGACGCCCUCAGCGUGGACUCUCUCCACCCGGCGACUGCUUCCAGUUUCGAUUUGCCUCAGGUUACUGCAGCGUUCCACGUGCUCGACCACCUGACGGAUCUGUAUCUGUCGCUCUCUCUGGCGUUUCCGCCCUCGACGCUCGUGUCGGAUCCAGCGACUGUGACGUCCCCAACUGCCUCGGUCUCUUCGAGACGCCCGGCCGCUUCGCCGGCCCCAUCCUCUCUCCUUCCCUACGCGGGCGCGACGAUGUCAGCCGCUCUUCCCCACUCGGCUCCUGGUGUCUCCGCUCGCCGCCCCCGCCCGCAGAGUCCCUUCGGGUCCCCCGCCAGAGGAGACAGUUCUUCAGAGGGCGCAUCUGGAGUCCAGAGUCGGCCCACUGCGUUGCCGUUUCUGAUGGCUGUGCUGCUGGCUCUCCCGUUCGGGCGGCCGAAGCUGACGUCUCCAUCGCUGCUUCAAAACGCCUAUGAAAGUGUCGCGUCUCUUCCAGUCUCGUAUUCGUUCUUGCCUCCUCAGACGGGGCGAGAAACAAAACGCCGAGGGACUGGAGCGAGGGGCCGAUCCCGGGAAAGCCUGGAAGGAGGCGCGGCGGAGCCGGGGAGCCGCUCCGCAUCUGAGGAGGCGCCAGCAUCGGGGCGACGGAGACACCGGUCAGCGAGCAAGCGGAGGAAAGUGGACGGCCACGAAGAAGACCGAGCCUAUCUCGUGCCGCCAAGGCCUCCUGGGCCGAAUGGGCCCUCUCAGUCUCUUGCUCAGCUGAGAGAGGCGAAAGUGAAACAGUAUCUCGAAUCCCUCUCCCCGGCCUUCUCCACCGUCGACCUAUCGCAGCUGCCGGCGGUCUCUGCGGACCUUCGCGAGCUUCAACUUCGGCACUGGCGUCGCCAGUUGGAAGAGAAGAGAGCCUCCUUGUCUUCCUCAGACAGCCCGGGCUCGGGGCCUUUCUCCGACUUCGUUGAGGCCGCUCUCGGCAGUUCCGUGUAUCUCGAUUUCGAAGAUCAAGACGGGGCUGCCUUUUCAGACGUGUCUUUCUCGGACUUGUGUCCUCCGGUAGCGGCGCCUCAUUGCCGCACCCUCCACCGUCGCUUUUUCGAGCAUGCGCUUUGGAGACGGCGAUCCAGCUCGACCUCUGCGCCCCUGCCGUGGGGGUCGCCCUGGGCCGGCUCCGACCCCGUUGGAGCCCAACUAGCCAGUGUCUCCUCCGCAACCGCGUGCACGUCCGCGUUCACGCCGUCGGCCGCAGGCUCGAUCUGGUCUGUGCCGGCGUGGCUGCCGCAGCUGUCGCCCUCCGGGUGGGCGCACGGGGUCCCGGGAGACAGCCGGGAAGGCGAGGAAGGCGGAGAGAAUCUGAAAGAUGUGUCGAAAGCUGGAACGGCAGCUGCCUCGACGUCGUCGAGCAAGGCGUCUCGGUGGUGGAUGCUCGGAACGAAGAAGAAGCACAGGUCCCAGACACCGGAAUACGUGGGCGCGGGGGCCUCCCGACGCGGCGGAAAUGCACAUCAGAGUCUGUCGACCGACGGGCGCAGCAGGCGAGAGAAAGGCAGGCAGUCUUGGUGGAAAAAAUCACGCGACGCGAGUGUCGCCCGUGGCGAGGCCGGAAGGCAUGCGAGAGGGAGCUCGUGGGACGAGGAGCGGUGCGGAGGCAGUGAAUGGCACGACAGUGGGGCCGCGACAGAUGUGGAAGGUCGGUUCGAUGCAGGGCGGCGCGUGGGACGGUCGAGAGAGAGACACCGGCUGUAUCGGGAAGGGAGCGCAGGCAGCCUUGUUCUCUUGAAUGAGGCUCUCGGAGAGCGCGCUCUUCCACGAGUUCGAGGGACCCGAGAUUUGCCCUCCUCUCCGAGUCCCCAAAAGGGCGUCCCGGGAUUCUCGAUCUUCUCAGCCUUCGGACGCGCCGCGGGCCUCAUGAGCGCGGCCAACCCCGACUCCCAGGGAUGCUCUUCUCGGUGGAAGUGGCUAACUCGCAGCAGUUGGAUUCGCUUCUCCAUCGUGGAAAACAUCCACUGCACAAUGCAUGAACCUCGACCUGGAGUGCAAGGCCCGGAGGCCAGAGCAUCCGACGAAUGCUUCAUCGUGGGAGACCUGUACGUCACGGUGUGCCUUCGAAAGAUGAUGGAGGUUUCUGCGCCGCUGGCAUUCUCAAGAACUGAAUCGCUCCCUGAUGUGUACGUACACCCCACUGCUCGGCUUAGCAACAGCGCUGUCGACCUCCUCAGCUGCGCGUCCUCGAAGUCCGUUCCUUCACGAGGCUCUGGUCAGGCAGAGAAGUCUGCUGGGAAGAGCAACGCGCCUCCCUUCUCAGCUGGUUCUAUUGAGGGCCGAGAGGCACACAGCGUGCACGAGGGGCGGGGCGCACUUCCCCCGCUCGUCAUCAGCUGUGUCCCCCCUCUUGGAGUGCAAUCGUACCUCCUCUGUAAAUAUCGCUUCGGCAGCCUUCCUUUCUAUCCCAUGAAAGCGCUCUAUCAAGUUAAGGAGGUCCGCCCGGGCGUCCUGCGACUGCUGCUCCAGGUCCAGAUCCACCCCGGAGUGGUUGGGCGGCUGCAUGCGUGUUCGCUUUGGAUUCCCUUUGGCCACAAAGGCACGAUCGAGUCCCACGAUUUGAAGGCUUCUCAGGGAACCUUUCGCAUCGUCAGCGAUCAACGCGCCGUCCUGUGGACACUGCCGAAGCACCUCAAAAGAACGCCCGUCGCUGCCGCGCAUGCAUCGACAAAAGACUCGACAGACACUUCCUCUGGCGGGAAGGAAGAGGCGAAAGCGUCGCCGACCUCGGGCCGGCCUCAUGUGUCUCUUCUUGGCGAGCUGGUUCUCGCCCCUUUGUCUUCGUCGGCCGACUCUGAAGGCCAUGAUGACUUCACUCUUUCUAGGGCCCCUUCCAACCCGGACCGCUUUCCUAUGUCUCCCCGGCGCCGACGCGCGCGGCGGUUCCUGCCUUCCGAUCGCCAGCAGUCGCCUGGCGAGUCUCUCCAACCUGGCCCCUGUGGAGACGGUUCGGGGCCCUCUGGGCUUGGGAUUCAGACUGCGGGUCGCGCCGCGAAGGAGACGGACCCAGCGGCCCUUCUGGCAGCGAGUCGAGCCUCAGCUGUGGCGGCGUCGGGCGCCUCGACAAGGCCGCGCCUUCUUCCGGUGCCCGAUCAGUCCCCUCAGGCGCGGGCUGCGCGGUAUCGGCAAAACCUCAUCGCUGCAGCCGGCGCCGAGGAGAGUCUUCCGCUCGCCGUGCGGCGCUUCUUGGCAGACGAAGUGGAGCGCGCGGAGGCGGUGGCCCGCCGCUUUGCGGGCGACGAGGGACAGCUCGUGGGGCCUGGAGCCGUGCGGGACGCUGGCUCUGGGGCCGGACGCGCGCGAGACGGCAAAAACGGCAUGUAUGGCCUGCCUGGGUCGGAGGAAGAGAGAGUGCCGGAGCACAACCUGUCUCUGGGAAGCCAACGAGAAGAGAACCUGCGCGCGGCGCACGAGGCGUCCCUGCGAACCGGACAGCCCCACGGCGUGGGCGGGGGGCGAGCCGGGAGUGAAGAGGCGACGCCGUCGCCGUUCCCGGAUCGUGUCGAAGGGGGCGGGUCUUCAGCGCAGUUGCGGAUCAGAGCCGACGGCGGAGGCUGUCGUGCGGGCGCAAGAGCUGACGAAGACGGGGCUCACACCCGAGGCCUCGCUCCCUCCGCAUUCGACAGCCGUGGCCCGUACCGUCCGCAGAUGAAGUCUCCUGGCCCGACGGGGCUUCCUGCAGGCGACGGCGCUGCCCGCGCCUCCGCCGGGGCCCGACGGGGCUCCGAAUUCGGGCAAGGCACCUACAGCGGAGCUUCUCGCCCUGGGGGCUCCCGCGACCGCGAGGCCCCGCCGCGCUCGGCGGUCGGCGGAGGGGGUCGAGGCCGUCAGCACGCGCCGCCGCAGACUGGCGGGGCUGCCAGUGGGGUGUACACGUCGCCUCGCGCGGUGCGGAGUGGAGGGGGUCUGCUUACAGAUCGGGAAGAGCUGAUUCUCAAAGAGGGCGUCAACAACUUCCUCGCUCUCAUCCACUUUGAAGCGAAAGACAUGACGCUGUCCGGCUCGAGCAUCGACAAAGAAGCCGUCACGCUGUAUCCCUACGAGCACCUCGAGCUCGCGCCGGCCCACGGGAGUUCCGAAGAUGCGGGAACCCGAGCGUCGUCCGUGAGGAGGGGCGGGGCUUCCGGCGCAGGCACAGCUCGAGGAGGAUCGCGAGGGCGACGUGGAGACCGCGAGAAACUCCAGACGCCUGGAUGGGGGGUCGGAUCUAGCGGAGGAAACGGCGACGACGCAGGCUGCUCCAUCUCCGUUUUCAAGCGAACAGUUGCGGGAAGGUACGUCGUGUGGAAUGCACUCGGAGACAACAAAGCUUCGAGGGUGAACCUUUCCUUCGACGAAGGAGGAGCGGAAGAGGCGGAAGCAAACGCUUACGGCAGCGACUUUCCCUCGCAUCCCGCUAGGCCUCCAAACGUUCCCGGCGGCUACAGUUUCGCGGCACGCGCCGUGCCUGCGUUUCCGUCAACUGCGACUGCUCGCCAGUUUGCCUCUCCUGCGCAAGACGGCUCUGCAGGUCGAGGAGAGACUGAAGGGGGAACGACGGCCUCCAGCUCGGUGGUUUUUCCCGACGCUGCCCGAGUGCGGGUCGACAGAAGUCUUUCCCCCGGCGAGCCGCCAGCCAGGAUUUUGGGGGCCGCCGCAGCGGAAAGGGGAUUCGCUGUCGAGACAGACUCUCCGAGUCCACAGAGCCGUGCAGGGCUGGGGGGCUUUUCGGCGCCGUCGCCGUCGCACGUUGGCGACAAAAUCGAGACAAACGCAGAGUUUUGA